GGCGGUCACCAUGGGAAGCAAGAUGGCGGCCGCCAGUAGGGUCGUUCAGGUAGUGAAGCCACAUACACCCUUAAUUAAGUUUCCAGACAGAAGAAGUACUGUACUCCCAAACCUACAAUACAGGUGCCUCUACAGUCAAAGAGGGCCUCUGCCUCAUGUUUCAGCCUCACAACUCUCUGCUGGAGGUGGGCCAUCAUCUACAAAUAUUUCAUUCUCCAGUAGAAUUCAAGGCACACCUGACACUUCAGAAUUAGUAAAAAUGUUACCUCAAAAAUAUAGAAGGAAAUCCAUGUCAGUGGAAGAGAUGGAGUAUACCCAACGUGGAGGUCCAGAAUAACGCACAAGACUCCGGUU